GGUUGAAAAUGUUGGAAGGGGACGCGAGGGGUUAAAGCAGUUGCAGCUGUUGUUUCCGCUUUCCCGGAACAAGUGGAAAUGCCCCUCCGUCCUCAGACGUCAUUCACUAUUUGAUCGGAGACUCUAUUUCGACGUCUGAAUUUACGAGGAAGUAAACAGAAUGGCGAUAAGUAUGACCAAAGCAGACGGGGUCACAAUUCUGACAUUGGCCACCGACCCCACAAGUAGCUGUCCCCCCCUGUGCCAAAUCUUGGGGGGCCUGUGCUACAGCCCCACGUGCUGUUCAGUGUCUCGACGCCUGGGGGGAUUCAUGGGGACCUCUCAGACUGUAUUGGGGGCGCUGCACAUCAUGACGGGCCUGCUCAACAUUGGCCUGGGAGUCAUCCUCAUGUGCCACGGACCUGGCUCCUCGUGGGAAAUGGACUCAUCUGGCUACCCAUACUGGUUGGGAGCGCUGUUCAUCCUCUUCGGCAUCGUCUGCAUUUUAUCGGAGAGGUUCCCCAGUCCAUGUCUGGUGAUAGUCAACGUGAUUCUGAACUUGUCAGGAAUUGGCAUCGCCAUCGCUGGCAUCGUUCUUUACGCCAUUAACAUGUCCGACAUAUUCCUCUGGAACAUUUGCCGUGAUGACGAUUAUUACGACUGGUCCCAAACCACCACCAGAAGCCCGAGUGGCACCGAGCAGCAAUACUUGCAGCGCUGCCUGGAGGGCAAGGCUCUUAUACUCAUGCUGCUGAGAGGCAUCAACGGCAUGGCCAUUGUACUGUGCGUCCUGGAACUCUGCCUGGUUAUCAGCUCCUCCGUGUUGGCCAUCAAAUCUCUUUGUCGCCACGGCAACGGCAAGCACCACCAUGACCCGCAGAGCCGUGACGAGCCAGAAGGUGGAUACAAGCAAAUUCCGGAGGAGGAAGUCGUGGCCUAACGUGCGCCGUGGUCUUCAUCUCUAUGCACUCUUACAUCUGAAAUGUUUUUAUAGAUCUCAGAAAAGUACAUCUUCAUUCUUUUUGCACUUUGUUCAAGAUUUGAGUAUGCCAAGUUCUCUCCCAUGUGUCAAUUGGGCACACUUGACCAUCAAUGCAUUUUGAAUGUGGUGUACAGUCAAACCUCGGUUUUCCACCACAAUCCGUUCCAGAAGGCGGUUCGAGAAGUGAAUCGUUCGAAUUCCGAAUCUAUUUUUCCCAUUACAAAUAAUGGAAAGAAAUUUAAUCCGUUCCAAGA